AUGGGCGAGGUCACCUUCUUCAGCGCACAGAGGACCUCGCACCCGGACCGCCUGUGGAUCUGGGAAAAGGGCGUGUAUACCGACGAGAAUCGGCGCACUUGGCUGCCCAUAGUCAUCAAGACAGACACUAGCUUCCAGGUGCUCAUGCGCCAGGAAAAUGUCCCCUUGGGGGAUCCUCUGAGCCCCACGCAGCUGACCUCAUACCAGCUACCUUUGAUGUGGCAGCUGUACCCUGGAGAAAGAUACCGAGGCACAGACUCCAGGCUCUGGCGCAUAGUGUACCACAUUGAGGUCUUGGAGUUCCUGCCUUCGUUGGCCCCUGGGCACACAGUGGGGCUGUUUGUGCUCAUGUUCACUUUGUUUGAUAGUCCUGUGUAUUCUCCACCAUGCUGGGCUCUGGGAGGAAAUGAAUGA